AUGGACAACAAGGAACAUAAAGCUCAUAGACCACGCCAAUCUGGUUCAAAAAAGGAUAAAAAAUCCAAAAAACAAAAGAAAAAUGAAGAGAAAAACAACCCAAAGGCUUUCGCUCCAUUGUCUGGAAGAAAAGCAGAAAAACUUGCUAGACGUAAACAGGAACUGCUUCAAAAGAAACUUCAUGUACCUCUUGUUGAUAGAACUCCAUUAGAACCCCCUCCUAUAAUUGUUGCUGUAGUAGGACCUCCACAGACUGGCAAAACUACUUUGAUAAAGUCUCUUGUAAAAAGAUUCACCAAGCACAGCCUUACAGAAGUAAAAGGACCUAUUACAGUCGUGAGCGGUAAAAAAAGGAGAUUGACAUUUAUAGAAUGUACAAAUGAUAUGAAUUGCAUGAUUGAUGUAGCCAAAAUCGCAGACUUGGUGUUGUUAAUAAUUGAUGCAAGUUUUGGUUUUGAGAUGGAAACGUUUGAAUUUCUAAAUAUUUUACAAGUUCAUGGAUUUCCAAAAAUAUUAGGAGUUCUAACACAUUUGGAUAAAUUUAAAAGAGUUAAGACACUCAAAACAACCAAAAAACGCUUAAAACAUCGCUUUUGGACUGAAAUUUAUCAAGGAGCAAAACUUUUUUAUUUAUCGGGAAUAAUUAAUGGUCGAUAUCCAGAUAGAGAAAUUCACAAUCUUUCUAGAUUUAUUUCUAUAAUGAAAUUUAGACCGUUGAUUUGGAGAAAUACACAUCCUUAUUUGGUUGCCGAUCGUUUAGAAGACCUGACUGAUCCAGAAGAAGUCAGACAGAAUCCUUUAUGUGAUAGGACUAUUACUUUAUACGGAUAUUUACGUGGAACAAAUAUGAAAACCAACAUGAAAGUUCAUAUUCCAGGUGCUGGAGAUCAAACCCUGUCCGAUAUUUCAAUAUUGCCGGACCCAUGUCCGUUACCUAAUAAAGUACGAAGGAGUCUUAGUGAAAAACACAAAGUUAUCUAUGCACCUAUGUCUAAUGUUGGUGGAAUUAUGUACGAUAAAGAUGCCGUUUAUAUCGACGUUCCAGGAAGUUUCAUAAAGAAAUCCGAUCAAAUUAAUGGUGAAGAAGGUGAUAUAGAAUAUGAACAAGGUCCCGGAGAGAAAAUGGUUAUAAAUUUACAAGAUGCUCCAGAUACACUUGCGACUAAAUUAGAAGAGAGUGAACUUGCAAUUUUUGCGAAUUCUGUUCCUAUGAAAGCUUCGGAUUUAGUUGAGGAAAGGAAUAAUGCAACCGAGUCAAAAGAAAUAAACGAGAAUGGUAGAUCGGCUAAUUAUGGUAAAGGUGAUGGUAAUGCCAAACGAAAUGUUGAAGAAGAUAAUGAUGAUAAUGAAGGUGAAAUAUUUGAUUCAGAUACUGAAUCUAGAGAUGAUGAAGUAGUUGACGAUAAUGAUUACGAUGAUUACGAUGAUGAUGACGACGAUGACGACGAUGAUGAAGAUGACGACGAUGAAAAUGAUGAUGAUGAUGAAAAUGACGAUGAUGAUGAUGACGACGAUGAAGAAGAUGAUGAUGACGAUGAUGAUGACGAUGAUGAUGACGAUGAUGAUGACGAUGAUGAGGAUGAUGAGGAGGAACGAGUUAAAAAAAAAAGUUCCGGUAGAAGAGCUGUUCUCAAUAAGUUUGAAGUGAAAGAUCUAGAAAAUGAAGCCAAUGAUAAUGAGGGGGUUGUAUAUGCUGAGAGUGACAGUGAUAUGGAUGACAUUCUAAGUCAAAAUGAGGAGGAUAACUCUGAUCUUGAUGGUGCAUUAAGAUGGAAAUCAAAUUUAGCUGAGAAAGCAAAGGAAACGUUCCUUGCUAAUCGUAAAAUUAGUGUUAUGGAAUUGAUUUAUGGUAAUGAAAAAACACCAGAAGAGAUUGCAUCAGGAAAUCUUUCAGAUUUAUUAAAAGUUGGUGCGAUUUUUGAAAAUAAAAAAGACAAUGUAGAAGAGAAUGAUGAUGAAUUUUUUAAGAUUGUAGAGAAAGAUACUGUAUCUUUGAAUGUUAUCGAUUCUAUUAAAGCAUGCUUAGACACAAGUAAUCUUGAUAAAUGGAAUGAAAAUGAUACAUUAGAGUCUAUUAGAAAUAGAUUUAUUACAGGUAAUCUUGAGGUUGACAAUUCUGCAGGAGAAAAUGAUGAUUCAGAUAGUGAAGACUUUGAAGAUCUUGAAACAGAUGAAGUUGAAAAAUCUAAAGAGGAACUUGAACAAAAAGCUCUUGCGCAAAAAAGAGCUUUGUUGAAGAAAAAGUUUGAUUCGGAAUAUGAUGAAAAGGAUGAUACUCCUAAGGUAGAUUUUUAUGAUGAAAUUAAGGGGGAAAUUUCUAAGCAAUUGCAACUUAAUCGCGAGGAAUUCGAAGACGAUGAUCCUCAUACAAGAGCUAUGAUUGAAGGAUUUCGACCUGGUACUUAUGUCCGAAUUUUACUUAAGGAAAUACAAUGUGAAUUUGUCAAGUAUUUUGAUCCGACAUAUCCAGUAAUAGUUGGUGGUCUAUUAACAACCGAAGCAAAUUUAGGCUUUAUACAGGUUCGUAUAAAGCGACAUCGGUGGCAUAAAAAGAUUUUAAAGACAAAAGAUCCUCUUAUAUUCUCGCUUGGUUGGAGACGUUUUCAAUCAAUACCUAUUUAUUCCUUGAAUGAUGAGACAAGAAACAGAAUGCUUAAAUAUACUCCAGAACAUAUGCAUUGUUUAGCAACUAUUUAUGGACCCAUUUAUCCACCUAAUACCGGUUUCUGUGCAGUGCAAUCUGUUUCUAAUGAUAAUACUACUGCGUUUAGAAUAAGUGCUACCGGAAUAGUACUUGAUAUAAAUCAUUCUGUUGAGAUUGUUAAAAAAUUAAAGUUGACUGGUGUUCCUUACAAGAUUUUUAAGAAUACGGCCUUCGUCAAAGAUAUGUUUACUUCUUCAUUGGAAGUGGCAAAAUUUGAAGGGGCUGCAAUUCGAACAGUUUCGGGAAUUCGGGGUCAAAAACACGAAGGUCACUUUCGUGCUACAUUUGAAGAUAAAGUAUUAAUGAGCGAUAUCGUAUUUUUACGAGCUUGGUACCCAAUCAAACCAAAAAAGUUUUAUAAUCCAGUAACAUCAUUGUUGUUGUCAUCAAAGAAAGAAUGGCAAGGAAUGAGAUUAACAGGUCAAAUUCGUAGAGAAUUAAAUAUUGAAACACCAAAAAAUCCGGAUUCUCAAUACAAGAAAGUCGAACGACAAAAUCGUCGUUUUAAUCCAUUACAUAUUCCAUUAUCUUUACAAGCAAAUUUACCAUUCGCAAGUAAGCCUAAAUUACUUAAAAAAAGAACAAACCAAUCAUAUCUACAAAAACGGGCUGUUGUAUUAGAACCUAAAGAAAAGAAAAUGUAUACGCUUAUGCAACAAAUUCAUACUUUAAAGAAAGAAAAGGAUAGGAAACGUAAAGAAAAACAAACUAAAAAACAUAAUGAAUACGCUAAAAAAAUAGCUAAACAAGAAGUCUUGCUAGUUGAAAAGGAUAAAAAGGAAAGAAAAGAAUAUUUUAGAAAACAAGGUUUAUCGCAAAAAAGAAAAAUUACUUCUUCCGCGGGUACUUCUAAAAGAACUAAAACCAAUUAA